AUGAGAGGAUUGUCGACAUCUUCCAUUGGAAGAGAAGAAUGUGAAGGAUUAAAUCUAUCUGGCUCUCUACGGAAGCUCUUUUGUCGUGUUAGUGUAGUUGGUGAGUUUGAUCGAACUCUUUUAUGGGGUGUAGAUGUGUUUACCUUAUGCGGGAUUGACUGCUUCAUUGGUGCCACAACUUGUUUUGCUGGUAAAUCCAAUUUUUUGGCAUACACAUUUGGUGACAUUAGCAACUGUGAUCGUUCCUUGAUUGAAUUGAUGCGGGUUAUGUGCGGAUUUUCCUUGACACAUGACCACAAGAACUCGUUGGAGAAUGAUCGAUCCUUCGAGCUCAAGACCGUAGAUCCACUGGAGAGUGAUGAGUAUGAACUAAUUGUUGUAGUGUUGCUAUUGGUGCAAGUGGAAGAAGAAACGGAAGAAGAUGUGGAUGUGGUAGGUGAAGGGGGGAUGGGGAGAUUUUGUUUGAUACAGGAGUGGGAAUUUUAG